AUGUAUAAAGAAAAAGCUGAUCAUGAGGAGUAAAAUGUAAAAUAAAAGAAGGAGCAGCUACUUUAAUUUGAGAAAAAGGGCAGCAUUAUGGCAAACACUUUGGAGUUAGAAGAAAAGAAGUACCAGGACAGAUAGAAUACUUUAGCCAAAGAGAAGGAAAAACUUCAGAAAUAUGUGAAAGAGAGAUACUGGAUUCUGAAUUAGGUUGAAGAGUCAAGCAAUGAAAUUGAUUCACUUAUGGCAGAGAAACAGGAACUACUUAGGAAAAAGAGAGAACUUAGAGAUUCACUGUAGCAUCUUGAAGAUAAAGAGAAAGAAGUUAAAAGUAGAUUGCAGCAAAGAGGAAAUUAAUAAAACAAAAGCAGGAGAUGA